GCCGCCGCAGGUGCCGCGUGUCAUCGCCGUCUCCUCCUCGUCAGUGUCCGCAUCCGCCGCUGCCAGGCAGGCCGAUACUCCAGAAACAGAAUGUUUUCCAAACUGGCCAACGUGCAGACUCUUGCUGUGUUUCGGCGCGGCGUUCACUCCUCCGUGACCGCGACUGCAUCCGUGGCGACCAAAAAAACCAUCCAGAGCCCUCCAUCCUCCGAGCAGAUAUUUGAGCGAGAGGCCAAGUAUGGGGCCCACAACUACCAUCCUUUACCCGUCGCCCUGGAAAGAGGAAAAGGGAUUUAUGUAUGGGAUGUGGAAGGGAGGAAAUACUUUGACUUCCUGAGCGCCUACAGCGCCGUCAACCAAGGGCACAGCCACCCCAAGAUCGUGGACGCCCUGAAAAGCCAAGCCGACACCUUAGCCCUGACGUCUCGAGCGUUCUAUAACAACGUCCUUGGCGAGUACGAGGAGUACAUUACCAAGAUGUUUAACUACAACAAGGUGCUACCCAUGAAUACAGGGGUGGAAGCUGGAGAAACUGCCUGCAAAUUAGCUCGCAAAUGGGCAUACAGUGUGAAGGGCAUUCAGAAAUACAAGGCAAAGAUUAUUUUUGCAGCUGGGAACUUCUGGGGUCGGACUUUAUCUGCUAUCUCUAGUUCGACUGAUCCAUCAAGCUAUGAAGGCUUUGGACCAUUUGUGCCGGGCUUUGAGAUCAUCCCGUACAAUGACCUGCCUGCCCUUGAGCGUGCCCUCCAGGAUCCCAACGUGGCGGCCUUCAUGGUGGAGCCCAUUCAAGGGGAAGCUGGCGUCAUUGUCCCUGAUCCUGGCUAUCUCUCUGGAGUCAGAGAUCUCUGCACCAAGUUCCAGGUUCUCUUCAUUGCUGACGAAAUCCAGACGGGAUUAGCCAGAACGGGGAGGUGGCUGGCUGUGGAUCAUGAAAAUGUCAGGCCUGACAUCAUCCUCCUUGGAAAGGCCCUUUCUGGCGGCUUAUACCCAGUAUCGGCUGUGCUGUGUGAUGAUGAAAUUAUGCUGAGCAUUAAACCAGGCGAACAUGGCUCCACGUAUGGCGGCAAUCCGCUGGCCUGCCGGGUGGCCAUGGCGGCUCUGGAGGUUUUGGAAGAAGAGAACCUCGCUAAGAACGCGGACAUGAUGGGGACCCUCUUAAGGAACGAGCUGAUGAAGCUGCCGUCUGACAUCGUCACUGCUGUGAGAGGAAAAGGGCUACUAAAUGCUGUCGUGAUUAGAGAGACUAAAGAUUACGACGCCUGGAAAGUGUGUCUGCGUCUCCGGGACAACGGACUUCUGGCCAAGCCCACCCACGGCCACAUCAUCCGGCUGGCGCCGCCCCUGGUCAUCAAGGAGGAUGAGAUCCGGGAGUCGGUGGAGAUCAUCAACAAGACCAUCCUGUCCUUCUGAGAGCUUUUGUGUCCGCGUCUGCUCCUGCCUCCGGGCAGUGGCGUGCGUGCGUGCAUGUGUGUGUGUGCUAGAGAGCCUGCGUGCUCGCCGAGCGCCCAGCCAGAUCCACUCCCGUGUGAAAGACUUGUUUUUGUAGUUCCUAUCUAAUAGAGCGAAAAUUGAAUCACCUGCAAUUUGCUGUUUAAUGUCACUGAGAAAUUCUAUUCAAUUAACUCUUGUCUUCUUUCUAAGCCGGACGGCUGACCUGUAUUUGUGUGUCGACAUCUUUAAAAUGCCUGGAAGUGUUGAGCCUCAAGUGGGAUGCGUGGAUGCUUUUUCCGUAAUCAUGUUACCUUUCCUAGAAUGGUACAAAAGCUUUUGUCUCUGAACCGUUAACUCCAGGGGGCUCGAGGAGAAGACUUCAGGGUGCCUGGAGGAAGGCCCGUGGCACCGCUCUGGGGUGUUUGCUAGGCCAGCUUCAGAAACCGGAGACAUUCCCGUAUCUUCUGUGUGGGUGUGUUUGACCGUCAGUUUAAAGCAGUGGCGAGAAUGGAGUCUGUCCUUCUCCUGCUGCUGCCUUUUCUGAAGCUUCAAAAUCAUGUUUACACUAAAAAUAAAGCCUUUAUUUAAGA